CGCCAUUUUCUCCGCUACCAGUGUUCCCCACAAGCUCCCCCCCUACUGACACGAACAUUCGCAAGAGUGUCUCUCAGUGCUCGCUCGAGCUCAAUACUCCAUGGAGCCACUCGUCCAAUCCGCCCGCGUCGUCUUUGGGCCCAGUUCCAAAUCAUCAGAGGCACCUACGAGUGUGAGGGCGUGAUAGAGCUCGAGAACAUCGCGCACAUCCACGUCAUCGCUUAUGCUAGCUGUCGUACGUCUUUAGCCCUACUCGCACCCGACCAUACUAAUCACUUGUUCUUUCCCAAGAUGACAAACUCAGCUUCGAUGGGAGCCGCCUCGACAUCUCUCGCGUCCUCGCCCUGCGCUCCCUCACGCUCGAAAUCGUCUUCGACACCCUCGAUAACGCCUGCGUCAUUGGUGUCUGGGCCGCCAUCCUCGCCCUCGUCCGGUCCAUACCCGAGAACUCUCAGCUCGAGAAGCUCACGCUCACCAGCCCCGUAUCCCACGCCGUCCUGCGUUCUGCAUGGUCUCAAUCGGACCUCGUCCGCGCCCUCAAGCGGCCUCUAUACACCCUCGAUAAACGCCUCGUCGAGCUCGUUGACCGUGCGCCGCUGCGUGCCGUCACGCUCACGCCUCCCCGGGGCGAAAAGCCCAUCUCGACUGACUGGGUGCGCGUGAGUAGCCUCUUCCCCGCGCUUCGAGAGUACGGGAUGCUCGAGUUCUAGGUGGUCUGAGGCAAGACGUUAUAGAAUCCUUCAUUUCGGUGUUUCAUGUCCGUUUUGCCUGCCUUGCGUAACCUUUAACGCUUCGACGUAUCUAUUGUCUCUUGUAUCUGGUAUAUUUUCCUUGUAUUUAGAGCUUCAGUGACUGCUAAGUGAUGUCCAGAAUAACUUAUUUUUGUACCCCCGGCAUUGCUCCCUGUUACUCAGUGAUUUGACCUUUGCUUCGGUUAUGUUAUUCCUGCACGAAGCACCCAUGUUCCUCAGCACCCUCGAAAGAGACGUCGCCUAGGGAAGCAUAAGUGCGAUGUCGGAAACGACAUUUGGCCACGGGGCAGCCGAGAGCUCUGCUUUGCGAGCUUCAGGUAUAUCUACCUCUGCAUAUCAAUCUUAAAUUCACAGAUGAAGAAGAGGUACACACCACUCGGAUGGCGUUCGUGAAGGGCGCGACCUCGUGCAGCUCGCGGUCAUUUUCAGGUUCGAAGACGAACACGGGAGACUGGUGCAAAUUUGGAUUGUCUUAUCAGCAUAUUACGCACGCCGCCAGACCACUCGAGCAUCCAUUCGAGCGGCGAGCAGCGCGAGCAUAUCAUUCUUUGUGCCCGGCGCACCGCUACUGAGCUAGACAGCCAGUCGGAAGCCGGCAAGCUACAGCA